AUGAAUCGCCGCGCAGGCGCGACCGACCGUCACGCCCUCCUCGCAGGAGGAGCCUACCCCUCCUCAUCCUCGCUCUCCGCCUACCGCUCCUCCUCGCCCUACGAUUCCAACCCUUACCCCUCCACCUCGACCUCCAACGGCACCUAUCACAGCUCCGACUCCAUCGGCGCACCCAAAAAGGAACCUCCACCGUCUGAUGGCCCCUACGGCGGCAGCUCGAUCUUCGGUCGAGCAGCUUCGGCCUACUCGGCAACUCGAACAGCCGAAGACCUAGAAGAGCAGAACGAUCAACGUCUCGAAGGUCUCACCGCUCGGGUGUCCAUGCUGAAAGAAAUCACGCUCAACAUCGGUCUUCCUGUGGUGGUGGAGACGAUGAGCAUCGAAUCUUUCGGCUCGAUAUUCAGUCUUCGUAUGCGUUCUUUCCACGGCUCCCCAUCGCAAAAACCUCAUCAGGUGUAUUUGUAUCGCAAACUUCCAAAUCGCAGUAUCCAAGUCUAUGUUUCGGUCCAAACACCCCGCGGUGAUGUCGCAUUUCGACGGCGUAUCUACUCAUCAAUCACAAGCGCCGAGGCAAGCAUUCGGACCCAAGCUGGGAGUUAA